AUGGAAAUGCAACGCAGGUCUUUGAUUUUAGGUGUGGUGCUAGUAAUUGGCUUUGCAUUGACAAAUAGCGAAGCUGCUCUUACAGUUCUACCCAUUCAUAUUGACACUCCCUUCAACAGGAGCAGUUUUCCACCAGGUUUCAUAUUUGGCUCAGCUUCAGGAUCUUACCAGUAUGAAGGUGCUGCAAGUGAAGGUGGUAGAGGACCAAGCAUAUGGGAUACCUACACCCACAAUCAUUCAGAAAGAAUUGCUGAUCGCAGUAACGGAGACAUCGCUCUUGAUCAAUAUCACAAGUAUAAGGAAGAUGUGGGUAUUAUGAAAGAUAUGGGGUUAGACGCUUACAGAUUCUCUAUCUCGUGGUCUAGAUUGUUGCCAAGUGGAAAGUUAAGUGAUGGUGUGAACGAGGAUGGAAUCACAUACUACAACAAUCUAAUCAAUGAACUCCUGCGAAAUGGUCUAAAGCCAUUUGUUACACUCUUUCAUUGGGAUCUUCCUCAAACUUUAGAAGACGAAUAUGGUGGUUUUUUAAGCCCUCGUGUUGUCAAUCAUUUUCAAGACUAUGCAGAACUAUGUUAUAAGAAAUUUGGUGAUCGAGUAAAGUAUUGGACCACGUUGAAUGAGCCAUAUACCUAUAGUAGCAAUGGUUAUGCAUCUGGCUCUAUGGCACCAGGACGAUGCUCUACUUGGCAAAAAUUAAAUUGCACAGGCGGAAAUUCAGCUAUUGAACCAUAUCUGGUGACACACCACCUCCUCGCUCAUGCGGCUGCUGCAAAUUUGUAUAAGAAUAAAUUUCAGGCAUCUCAAAAAGGUGUGAUAGGACUUACGCUUGUGUCACCCUGGUUUGUGCCUCUUUCUGAGGCAAAUGAAGAUCAAAAGGCUGCAUUACGAGCUUUGGACUUUACUUUUGGAUGGCAAGUGUAUAGGGCAAGGGUCACUUUGAUCCCUGUAGAUUGCCAGAUUUUUCACUUUGAUUCAUGUGGUUUUAAUUCAGGGAACUUGAUAUCUGUAGUUUGA